AUUUUUCUUUCGAAAUAAGCUUGAAUGAUGAAGAGCUCAAUGGGUUAAAGCAUUUCAUUGAAACACGUUGAGCUCCAAUAAUAAAUUCUUACUUGUAGCUUAUGAUUGCCUGAUAGAACUCUGCUUGUGUAUACUUGUACGCCCAAAUUUAACGGCAUAACACUGAAAACUAGCUUCGGCCAGGUAACUUAGUCAGCUGAUGUAAUUCAAACCAGUUCCAUGCCGGCGAAACCAUGCAGCAAACCACAGUGGAAAUGGCAGACUGCGAAAAUCGUUAUAAAACCUCUUUCUCACCACACCGGUUGCUGCCAGCUCGCACACAAGUACGCCUUCAAGUCAACUUUUGCAGGCCAUCGAUGACUGCGAUGAAGAAAACCAGAUUUAGUUGUACGAGAAACGUUAAAGCGCUACUUUGUGACUCAGUCAAUAGCGACGGUGCGUGGUUUGACCAACAUGUGAAAGUGAAAAUAAUUAAUUCUGUUUCUUUGUUAUGAGGUUGUGAAACAUUAGUUUGGAAACCUUUUCAUGUUAUGUACAAAUGGAUGCAUGUAUUGCAUGAAUAUUCUCUUGUUAUAACAAAAUACAAAGGGGCGAGCAGAGAAGCAAAAUGAAGUUUCCAUACUUAUUGGUCAUGGCUGCUUCAAUUUUGUCGCAAAAUAUUGUCGGCGCGCAACAACUGAUAGCGUAUAUCUCUCAGCAUGGUCUGCAUGGGGAGAUCACUUUCCGGCAAGCCAAUUCAACAUUUGUGGAAAUUAAAGCAAAACUAGAAACCACACUUCAGUAUCCGGACCAAGUGUGGAGUUGGGGCGUAAGAAAGUUUCCAGUAGACUAUACUGAUACCGAUCCAGUAACACGUUGUAGUUUGGAGAAAUUGGGUGCUCAGGUUUUGAGUUUCGAUGAGAGUCUGGACUAUUUGGUAUUGCCUGGAAAUGAGACUGCCAUAUGGCAUCGCGAAAUGAAUCUAAUAGGUGAAUCUGGGAUUUGGGGAAAAUCUCUCGUUCUUACGGAGGUCAACUCAAAUGUUCGUAUUUGUUCUACUAUCACCACGAUCCAGAUGUCAAUAGAGCAUAUGGCAGAAGCUCGCUUCAACACACCUAUAGCGGGCUCAGUGCACUUUCGUUGGUUGGCGCCAUCAGGCGGCGCAGAUGGAGAUACACUCAUCUACUCUGACCUCUAUCAUAUACAAGCACAGCCCGCAAAUGACGAUCGUAGCAAGCCGAUGACACGUCACAGUUGGAAAAUUUUUGUUACGGAUAUAUUCAAAAACGAUCAUCACCGCACCGAAGACAAUUGCAAUUUUCUGCAGCUCGUGUUUGAUCCUCAAGGUUACGGGGAGAACAAAGGUAUUGGUGAUCUCGACGCCAGAUUGGGAAAGAUCAAUGUAGCGAAGAAUGCGUUACAUACAGCACAACGCGCUGUUUACAGAGAUGAUAAAUUUGUAUUGUUGCCCUCUGAUUUAUCGAUACCACAUCGCACGCUGUACUUGGUAUUAUUCGAUGAUCAGCAUCCGGACAAUUUUUUGGCGUGCACACAAAUUCGCCAUGUGCAGCAACUGACAUACAAAACCUUCUUAAACUCUGGCGGCAUUAAAGGUGAAAUAACAUUUACUCAACGUUCACGUUUCGAUCCCACCUUCCUGAAUUUCACAAUUGAAUCAGCUGGCAAGCAAGCACGCUUUGUCAACCGAAAGUUUGCCGAAGACGUCUCGGCAUUUCGCAUACACACUCUCCCACCUAUACCGCACAGCAAAGGCUUACAAAGUUAUUGUAAGUCCACCGGAAAGAUAUUUAAUCCACAUUCCCUCGAAACUGGAAUUAUACCCCCUCCGGGCUUUGGAACUCAAGAUCAAUAUCCCAUCGGCGAUUUGAGUGGAAAAUUGCAGAGCCGCAAUAAAGAUUACUAUCAUAAUUAUAUACUACCAAAUGCUAGUUCAGAGCUCAGUGGACUCUACUGGGACACAUUCUUGCCAUUGCAGGGUAUUAAUAGUAUCGCACACCGCGGCAUGGUAAUCUUUACAUACAACCGUACCGACGUAGACAAUAUAACAGAAACACCUUGGAGUUGUUCGACUAUAACGCAAUACCGAAAGAAUGGUGUCUAUCAGAAGCCAAUGCUUACAGCGCAAGUACUGUUCCGCUAUCCGUUGGUGGGCCGCGUACUUUUCCGUCAACCGGCUGAAGAGCCUUGGCAGGACACCACUGUCAUAUUUGAAUAUCUUAUACACGCCGACGGAUCGACACAAAACAACACCUUCGAGCACCGUUGGGCCAUACAUAGUAACUCGCCCGGAAAGGAUUUCUAUGACUGGCAGAACCGUUGCAUUUCUGCAGGCAACGUCUUUAAUCCUCAUAAAGUACAGUGGGGAAAUCAUUCGGUUGACGAUUACUGUAAACCUCAUCUACCGGCAAUGUGCCGUGUGGGAGCUUUGGAUACCCGCGUGGGAACUUUGACAAUAGCGGGUAGUAAGAAAAAUGCGGAGCACUUAAGUCGACUAAUGUUUACGGAUACAAAUCUGCCAUUGUCUGGCAGGCAUAGCAUCCUGGGAAAAUCAUUAGUAGUCUACGAUGAUUUCGGUCCAAAGGCACGCGGGGAACGACUGGCAUGCUCAAUCAUCUUUGGACACUUCCGGCGCAAAGUAGUGGCGAAAGAAUGGUACGCGAAUGGAGAUGAAUUGACAGUAAGUGGACGCCUAGAAAUCACACAACAAUCGGAAUAUGACAUUAGCAAUAUUGAGGUGCAGUUCAAAGGACUGAAAGAAAACAGCGGUUAUCAUAUACAUAUGACCCCAGUGGAAGCUAAUCUUGAGUUUCCUUGCGAAGCUACCACCCUUUAUGGCCACUGGAAUCCAUUCAACAUCAAUGUGAAAUCCUCACCGCCGCCACAGCAAGGGACGACCGAUCAGUAUGAAAUGGGUGAUUUGAGUGGGAAAUUCGGUACCCUUGAUGACGUCACACAGUUCGAAGAUGCCUACAAUGAUACCAAUUUGCCGCUGUUUGGUUACAAUAGCGUAAUCGGUCGUUCAGUGGUGAUACAUAAAAAGCGCCGAAAUGCUCGUUGGGCCUGCAGCACUUUGGAGCGCGGCUACAGCCCUAGCGAGGCGCGGGAGAUACGUGCGAUUGCAUCAUUUCAUCAUCCCACUGGAUAUGCUUAUGGUUAUAUCAAAAUGACACAAUUGGUACAUAUCGACGGGAGUCAAUCGGAAACGGUUAUCGAGGUCAAACUAAGACACCCAGGGAAAAACGAUCGAAAUAUGACAUAUGAUCACAAUUGGCAGAUAUAUGUGAACCCUGUAGGUGUGGAUGCAGUAGUAAAGCCCACAAUAACGCGAUGUGUUGCCGGUGGUUAUGUGUGGAACCCAUACUAUACUCAACUAGCAGAUCCCCUGAAUCGUGAUUUAUACGAGCAGGAGUGCGGUCCCGAUAAUCCACUACGCUGUUAUGUAGGCGAUGUAGGCGCACGCCUCGGUACUAUAAACCUCGGCGUUGAGCGCGUGGUUCUUACGGACUCUAACUUUCCUCUCGAAGGUCCUGUGGGGGCUAUUGGACGCUCUAUAGUCCUCUUUGGACCUGAUCAUUCUUCGGAACGCUUUGCUUGUGCCAACAUUGAACCGGAUCAUAAUGUUUUCAAAUAUGUCAAUUUGCAGAAACCCCCAAGAUUUGUUGUAGCUCAGUUCCUAGAAGAACUUCGGUCCGUCAUGGGCAUACCCGAAUGGAUGUUGGACGUGGAUGCACGCAAAACUAAGGAGCUGCAUGGCGGUGCUUGCAUUCAAAUGAUCAUACAUUUCAAGGGUCCCAUAGCUCAUCGUUUAGAACUGGACAUGUCACGACUAAUCGCCGCUGGACGUCUAGACGCACCAAGUUUAUACGUUCCAGGUUACGUGAAUACUAAAAGAAAGGCUACAAUAUCGUAUAGGACUUGUGGUGUACGAGAUCCAAAUGAAAAACGUACUAAAUCAUUCACCGGCAGCUUCUACAACACCUCAAAUCGAUCGCUUCCAAAGUAUCUCAUAUUCGCAAUUUUAAUCUCAUUCAGUUUGUAUAGUCAAUAAACAUUUCGCUUUGAUGUUUCGUGAUGUGCACACAAAUAUAGUCCAGUGUUUGUUAAAUAUGUAACUUUCUUGUGUAUAUAUAAACAUACCUUCUGUAUUCAUACAAUAAAUAAAUAAACAUAAUUUAUUUUAGAA